UAGUUUCAUUAGAUUCCUUUUCUCUCUCUUUCCCCGGUCAAAUUGCCACUUUUACAGUCUCUCUCUCUCUCUCUCUCUCUCUCUGAAUUCAUAUCACAUACUUACAUAAUCUUUGCAAAUCCUUCUCUGCUUCUCUCUGUUCAGUAGAUUCUGGAAAAUGACAGUUGAGCCUAUAAUGGAUGAUUCCAGAGAUCAGUUCCCCAUUGGAAUGCGUGUGCUCGCAGUUGACGAUGACCCCACUUGCCUCUUUGUCUUGGAGACCCUUCUUCGUCGAUGCCAAUAUCACGUUACGACAACGAAUCAAGCAAUCACAGCAUUGAAGUUGCUGAGAGAAAACAAGAACAACUUUGACCUGGUCAUCAGUGAUGUUCAUAUGCCAGACAUGGAUGGCUUUAAGCUGCUUGAGCUUGUGGGUCUUGAGAUGGACCUGCCUGUCAUAAUGUUGUCCGCAAAUGACGAUCCCAAGCUAGUGAUGAAGGGAAUUACCCAUGGAGCUUGUGAUUAUUUACUGAAACCUGUUCGAACUGAGGAGCUGAAGAACAUCUGGCAACAUGUUGUCAGGAGAAGGAGAUUUGAUUCAAAAGACUCAAAUAAUUCUGGCAGUCAAGACAAGCCUCAUCCUGGCAUUGGUGGAGGAUCAGGGUCAGCUGGGACACUUUCAGAUCCGAAUGGGAAGCUCAAUAAAAAACGGAAGGAUCAGAAUGAAGAUGAGGAUGAGGAGCAUGAUGAAAAUGUGCAUGAUGAUCCAUCAACUCAGAAGAAGCCUCGGGUUGUUUGGUCUGUGGAGCUGCAUCGCAAGUUUGUCGCUGCGGUUCAUCAGUUGGGCAUUGACAAGGCUGUGCCAAAAAAAAUCCUAGAUCUGAUGAAUGUUGAAAAGCUUACAAGAGAAAAUGUGGCAAGCCAUCUUCAGAAAUACAGGCUUUAUCUUAAAAGACUGAACAGUAUGGUAAACCAGCAAGCUAAUAUGGCGGCCGCCUUAGGAGGUACAGAUUCUUCAUAUUUACGAAUGGGUUCUCUGAGUGGACUUGAGAAUUUCCAUACCUUGAAUGGAUCUGGGCAAUUUCAUAACACCAGUUUCAGAUCCUUCCCACCUAGUGGGUUGCUUGGUAGAUUGAACACACCAGCUGGUAUGGGAAUGCGUGGGCUUUCUUCUUCUGGAAUGACUCAACUUAGUCAUGCACGAAGUUCAAGCGGCUCUACUGUUGAUCAGGCUGACUCACAGCAGGUAAUACAUCCUGGAAACCAUAAUGGGGGUGUACUUCAAGGAAUGCCGAUGACACUAGAACUCGAUCAACUACAACAUAUUAAAGGUGUUACUCAUGUCAGGGAGCUGUCCACUGCUAUUGAUAAUAGAGCAAUUUUCCCCAUUUGCAGUGGCCUCCUAGAUGCCAAAACAAACAUUGGUAGCUCAAGCAAUCCUCUUCUUGGCGUUGCAAACACAACCUUGAUGUUAGAACGAAACCCUCGAGCAGUUCAAGGUGGUGAAGUAUUUGGAAAUCGGUCCCCUGUUUCAUUGGCCUCCUUAAAUUCUGAAUUGUCUUCCUCCUUGCUGGAUCACAGGAGAUUGAAUGAAAACUGGUCAACUGCUGCUCAGUCAUCUGGGAUCCAUUCAAAUUCUUUUCAAUUAAAUGACUGCUUUAAACAGACUACUCAAUCUACCAUGCAUCAAAGUAAUGUGAGGGAUGACAUGUCUAAAAGGGCAAUUCAAAUGGGGAGUAAUCUACAUGAUGUUUCUUCUGCUACUUCAGUAUCUACUGAAUUGCAGGAUAGAAGGUCAGACAUGCAAUGCAGAGCAAGCCUGACCAGCAGUAAUGCUGGGAAAAUAAGUAAUCAUGCCGGACCUCAAGGCUGGGUAGACCAUAAUGAGGAUAGUUCUUAUCGCUCCAAUGUUAUGUGUAGUAAAAUGAACUAUGAUCCCGUGCAAGGUGCUGUGGGUCCAUUCGUUCAGAGUUCAGAACCAAAGAACUUUCACCCUGACAUGGAUUUCAAUUCAAUUGGACAAUCAAAUCUUUUUGAUCCUUCAUACACGAAGCAUGAUGAGGUCAAUAAAUCUCAUGUGGAGACAUCACUGAAGUUGAAGCAGGGGCUCAGGGACCAAAGGAAGCCACAAGAAAGUUAUAUUUCUAGUAGUUUUGGCUCAUUGGAAGACAUAGUGACUGCAAUGGUGAAACGGGUAAUAUAAUAUAAUAUUUGCUUUAGCUUUGCUAAUAGAUCUGUCUUCUUUUAUAGUUUGACUGUAAUAUCUUGACUAGACGUGAUUUUCACAUGCUAUUUUAGACCCCAGCCAUUAGAUUAAAACAAACUGCUAUAUCAACUUCGUGGUAAAUAUGCUGAAAGGAGAAAACUCUUGGUUAUUUAA